AGCCAAACACCCUCUCAGUUCCUUGAACAGUGUACCUUUGCCCUGGACUUGCGAGUUGAGCCAGCCUCUCUCCCUUUCUCUCUCGCUCUCUCUUCCAGAUCUGCCGUCGGCUGGGCCUGAGUAUUGCUCUAUUUCUGCAAAUCUCAGAAAUAUAUAGGCAGUCAUCAUGUCUUCAUCACAUCUCCCAGCAACAACUGAGUCGCUUGAUCAGGCUCAAGAAGCAAAAAUACCAUCUCAGGCAAUUUCUAUCCUGUAUCGUGUACUUGAGAACCCUUCAUCUUCUACGGAAGCACUACGGAUUAAAGAAAAAGCUAUCUCAAAUCUGUCUGACCUUCUUAGAGAAGAGAACAGAGCAGAGGAUCUUAGGAGACUUCUGACCCAACUAAGGCCUUUCUUUUCCUUGAUCCCCAAAGCAAAAACUGCAAAAAUUGUUCGUGGGAUAAUUGAUUCAGUGGCUAAAAUACCAAGAACGUCAGAUCUCCAAAUCUCUCUCUGCAGGGAAAUGGUGCAGUGGACCCGUUCGGAGAAGCGAACGUUCCUUCGUCAACGAGUUGAGGCAAGGCUUGCGGCUCUUUUGAUGGAAAACGAGGAGUAUGCAGAGGCACUAACCCUCCUUUCUGGCCUAAUCAAGGAAGUAAGGAGAUUGGAUGACAAGCUGCUGCUCGUAGACAUAGAAUUAUUGGAGAGCAAGCUGCAUUUCUCUCUAAGAAACCUUCCCAAAGCUAAAGCUUCUCUCACUGCAGCAAGAACAGCGGCCAAUGCUAUUUAUGUGCCCCCAGACCAGCAGGGUACCAUAGACUUGCAGAGUGGGAUUCUUCAUGCUGAAGAGAAAGACUAUAAAACGGCUUACAGCUAUUUCUACGAAGCAUUUGAAGCUUUCAAUGCUCUUGAAGAUCCCCGGGCAAUAUACAGUCUCAAGUAUAUGCUGUUGUGCAAAAUCAUGGUUAACCAGGCGGAUGAUGUUGCAGGAAUAUUAUCGUCAGCGAAGGUGGGACUGCAAUAUCAGGGGCCAGAAGUAGACGCGAUGAAAGCCGUUGCCCAAGCUCAUGCAAAACGCUCGCUGAAGCUCUUUGAGACUGCACUUAGGGAUUUCAAGGCACAGCUGGAGGAGGACCCCAUCGUCCACAGGCACCUGUCUUCUCUUUAUGAUACACUGCUGGAACAGAACCUUUGCCGGUUGAUCGAGCCUUUCUCAAGGGUUGAGAUUGGUCAUAUCGCUGAGCUGAUUGAACUCCCCAAGGACCACGUGGAGAAAAAACUGUCGCAGAUGAUCCUUGACAAGAAGUUUGCAGGGACCUUGGAUCAAGGUGCUGGAUGUCUCAUCAUCUUUGAUGAUCCUAAGCCGGACGCAAUCUACCCUGCGACACUGGAGACAAUAUCAAAUAUUGGGAAGGUUGUGGAUAGCCUUUAUGUUAGAUCUGCAAAAAUUAUGGCAUAGUGGGGGCUGAGGUCUUGUUUGGUGAGAAUGAGAGAUACCUACAACUAAAAAUACAUGUCUGGAAGUGCUGGUAUCUUCUCUGUUUUCUUGGGCCGGUGGUGGGUGGGUUUCCAAUUUGCGUUUUUACUCGAGGAAAUGUCUUGCUUGACUUGACCUCCUAAACAUUUUAAAUCAUGUCAGUCAGUGUCAUGGUUAGCUGCUAACAAUCAGAAACAAUUUUCAUGGGUAAGCAGCCAUGCCGUACUGUGAAGACGAAAGAGGAAGAGGAGUGAAUUGUAUUGUUUGUUAUGGAGUUGUGGGAUGGGUUUGAAAAUUGACAAAAACUCAUUUAUAAUUCUAUUCGAUAGCAUAUUGGAAUACAAAUAUAUUGCAUUAUCAUUUAUGUU